GAAACGCGGUUUUGAAUAAAAAAUAGGUCAGCAUCAUCUUUCAUAAUUCACAUGGUCUCUUAGUCAAUGGGAUUUAUACUUGCACAUAUAUAUCUACAUAAAUUUUCAUCAUUACAUAAAUAAUUCUAUAGUAUACUUAUAUAAUCAUUCCAACAUACUUGUUCUGAAAAGCUAUUUCAAUCAUGACUGGUGGAAGAGAAAUCUUGCACAAGAUGAAGGAAAAGGCAUGUUUUAUUUCUUCCAUGCCAGACUCGCCAGCAUCAAAGCGGAUCACUCACGGCUCCCACCUGGUGAAGGGAAAGUCUAAUCAUGCCAUGGAAGAUUGUUUAGUUUGUGAGUUUAAGCAAGUCAAUAACAACGAGUUGGGACUAUUUGCGAUCUAUGAUGGACAUAUGGGCCAUGAUGUGGCUAACUACUUGCAAACACACUUGUUUAACAAUAUUUUGAAAGAGCAUGACGUUUGGAUGGAUACUGUGAGUGCAACUCGUAGAGCUUAUCAAAAAACAGACAAAGAUAUUCUAGAAAAAGCAUUCCAAUUGGGAAAAGGAGGGUCAACUGCAGUUACUGCAAUGUUGAUCAAUGGUCAAACGCUUAUAGUUGCAAAUGUGGGAGAUUCUCGAGCAGUCAUAUCCAAGAAAGGUGUUGCUCAGCAGCUAUCAAUUGAUCACGAGCCAAACAGAGAAAGGGAGAUAAUUGAAAGCAAAGGCGGAUUUGUUUCAAACAUUCCAGGUGAUGUACCUCGUGUUGAUGGACAGCUUGCUGUUGCCAGGGCAUUUGGAGACAAGAGUUUGAAGAGACAUCUUAGUUCAGAUCCAGAUGUGGCAAUUGAGCUGAUAGAUAAUGAUGUAGAUCUCAUCAUUUUGGCAAGCGAUGGUCUGUGGAAGGUAAUGUCCAACCAAGAGGCAGUAGACUGCAUUAAGAACAUGAAAGACGCGAAAGCAGCAGCUAAACAUUUGUCAGAAGUCGCGAUUUCAAGGAAAAGCAAGGAUGAUAUUUCUUGCAUAGUUGUCAAGUUCCAGUGAAAAGUGAGUCCUUUUGCAAGUAACAUAACUGGGCUGUACAAUUUUUUUUGAAAUGAAAACACUUUCAAUGCUGAACAUUGCUUUGUUAAGUUGAAAAUAUGUCCAGUGAAUCAAAGAUCAGUGGCAUCCAGACUUUUCCCUUGUAUAAGUUGUUGUAAAAUGUAUUCAAUGUUGAGUACUUGUAUAUUCAUUUUCUCAGACAAAUAUGUUACAUUUCCUCUAAGCACAGUCUGUAUUUAUUUCUCAAAA